AUGGUGGGUGGAACACAGGCCCGGGUCUCUGCAGAGCGGAGCGCCCAGCCUCCCACCUUCCGCCUCCUCUGGGCAAGGGGCCGCCUGAGGAAGUGUGAAGAGCUGCUCCCUGAACCGGAGAGUCUGAGUCUCCGGGGUGAGUUUGCAGAGCUGCCACCAAAGGCCCUUCCCGACCAUGUAACGGACCAGACAGACAUCCCACCUGACCUCAGUCAGCUCAGGGUGGCGGGGACCUGUCCAGCACCACGGGCUGGCCAGCUGGGGCAGCUGACGGAGUCUGGAUGCCAGCUGGGCCAGGGUGCGGGGCUGAGUGAGGCCAUCUCCGAGGACCCAUCGGAGACCUGGGGGGGUGACCUGGAGCAUCGGGCAGGGUCCCUGCUCCUCCCCAAAGCCAGCGCAGGCCCAUCCGCUGAUGUGACGCUGGAGCGGACCCGAAGCGGCAGGCUACCCGUCGGUCACCGGGCGCGGUUCAAGGGCCCCUUGUGUGGCAACCGGGCUGGCAAGGGCAGCCGCGUCCUCGGCCGCCUUUGGAGCGCGAUCAGAAGCCGCCAGCUGCCCUUUCUGACGCGGUGGCUGGAUGGGCAGGCCAGCCUGACCAGCAUUUGGCGCUCCUUCCGGCCCCACCCUGCCCAGCCCGGCCCUCCAGCCUCUGCUGGCCGGCUCCCCUCAGCGCAGAGCCAGGCUUGGCCCCCAGCCUCCCCCAAGAUUCCGGCCAACUGGGGCAUCGUCUUCAGGACCCUGAAUGGGCAGAGGAGGGAGCAGCUCCCGGACUCCGCGGCCGAGGGGUGGGGCGCUGGGGUCAGCAUCAUCAGUUGGUUCAUCCGGUCCUUCAAGUACUUAUACGGCCUUCGCUUUGAGGUAAAGGGCCGUCAGAAGCUGGAGGAGGACCGCCCCUGUGUCAUAAUUUCCAACCACCAGAGCAUCCUGGACAUGAUGGGCCUCAUGGAGGUCCUCCCUGAUCGCUGCGUGCAGAUUGCCAAGCGCGAGCUGCUCUUCCUGGGGCCCGUGGGCCUGAUCAUGUACCUGGGCGGCGUUCUCUUCAUCAACCGGCAGCGCUCCAGGAUGGCCAUGACUGUGAUCUCUGAUGUGGGCAAGCGCAUGGUCAGGGAGAAGCUCAAAGUGUGGAUCUACCCCGAGGGCACGCGGAAUGACAGUGGGGAUCUGCUGCCUUUCAAGAAAGGUGCCUUCUACCUGGCCAUCCAGGCCCAGGUGCCCAUCAUCCCCGUGGUUUACUCCAGCUUCUCCUCUUUCUACAACUACAGGACGAAGCUCUUCACCUCAGGAACCAUCAAGGUGGAGGUGCUGGACGCCAUCCCCACCACCGGCCUCACUAUCGCCGACGUCCCUGAGCUCUUGGACACCUGCCAGCAGGCCAUGAGGGCCACCUUUUUCCACGUAUCCCAGCUCCCCCGGGAGAAUGGGGCCCCCGCAGGGCCCAACGCCCAGGCAUCCCAGUAG